CAACAUGAUCGCCGCCCAGGCCAAGCUGGUGUACCAGCUCAACAAAUACUACACGGAGCGCUGCCAGGCCCGCAAGGCGGCCAUCGCCAAGACCAUCCGGGAGGUGUGCAAGGUGGUGUCGGACGUGCUGAAGGAGGUGGAGGUGCAGGAGCCCCGCUUCAUCAGCUCGCUGAGCGAGAUCGAUGCCCGCUACGAGGGGCUGGAGGUGAUCUCGCCCACCGAGUUCGAGGUGGUGCUCUACCUCAACCAGAUGGGCGUCUUCAACUUCGUGGACGACGGCUCCCUGCCCGGCUGCGCGGUGCUCAAGCUGAGCGACGGCCGCAAGCGCAGCAUGUCGCUCUGGGUGGAGUUCAUCACCGCCUCGGGCUACCUGUCGGCCCGCAAAAUCCGCUCCCGCUUCCAGACCCUAGUGGCCCAAGCCGUGGACAAGUGCAGCUACCGGGACGUGGUGAAGAUGAUCGCGGACACCAGCGAGGUGAAGCUCCGCAUCCGGGAGCGCUACGUGGUGCAAAUCACGCCCGCCUUCAAGUGCACCGGGAUCUGGCCGCGCAGCGCUGCGCAGUGGCCCAUGCCCCACAUCCCCUGGCCCGGCCCCAACAGGGUGGCCGAGGUGAAGGCGGAAGGCUUCAACCUGCUCUCCAAGGAGUGCUACUCGCUGACCGGCAAGCAGAGCUCCGCCGAGAGCGACGCCUGGGUGCUGCAGUUCGGCGAGGCCGAGAAUCGCUUGCUGAUGGGCGGCUGCAGGAACAAGUGCCUCUCGGUGCUGAAGACCCUCCGGGACCGGCACCUGGAGCUGCCCGGCCAGCCGCUCAACAACUACCACAUGAAGACGCUGCUGCUGUACGAGUGCGAGAAACACCCCCGGGAAACCGACUGGGACGAGGCGUGCCUGGGGGACCGGCUGAACGGGAUCCUGCUGCAGCUCAUCUCCUGCCUGCAAUGCCGGCGCUGCCCCCACUACUUCCUGCCCAACCUAGACCUCUUUCAGGGCAAACCGCACUCAGCCCUGGAAAGCGCUGCCAAACAGACCUGGAGGCUAGCCAGGGAGAUCCUCACUAAUCCCAAAAGCCUGGACAAACUAUAGGGUUAACAACACAGUGAUAAACCCAUUUAAAAACUUUUAUUUAAACAAAGCAGCUACAACAAAAGAGGCGGCGAAACAAACAUCCAACACCCCACCUGCAAUUAAGCAUUUAAAAACUCUCAGACAUUUACAAAGCCAAAACGAUCACCUCGUUGCACGAGAAGAGACUCCCCUUCCUCCUUUUUUCUUGCAAUGUGAAUUUUUUAAAAGUCACACAAAGAAGCGAUCGGACUUUCCAUCAUCCAAACGAAGCGCAAGGUACAUUUUCAAAUAAAUGUAUAGUCAUUCUUUUCUUAUUCUUUUUGUUUGCCUGAAUGUUGUC